AAUCAAUUUAAAAGCUUACCAACAUUUAUCUAUUUAUAUACAUAUAUAAAAAAUUUAUCUAGACAAAGGAAGCAAUACUCCGUUUACGGUUUCGUGUUUCGCAUUUUUUCGUCAAGUGAAUUAACAAUGAGACUUCUCAAGUUUUUGCUGCGUUACUUUCCGCCAGGAAUUGCACUGGAGUACAUUCAAAGUGGAGAGGUGAAGACGAAAAUGAUCGACUUGCUUGAUCUUGACGCCAAGACUGACAUAAAAGCGCUGGCAUUGAGGAUAAAAAAUAACGAGCCGAUAAUAACGGACAGUGUAAUGGAACAAUUAGAGGAGACAUUAUUGAAACUCCAAUCAAAAGUUUGUGACGACAGCGUCAAGCAUUAUUACAAGUACAAGACACUCAAGACCCAUUUGUUGCCGCUGACUAAUAUUGCAUUUGAUAAAUUAGGUAAAAGAUGCCUGACGGGCAGCUAUGACCGAACUUGUAAAGUUUGGGACAUUGACAGUGGAAAGGAGCUUCUUACUCUCGAAGGCCAUAAGAAUGUAGUCUAUGCCAUGUCCUUCAACAACCCGACUUCCGACAAAAUAUUGACCGGAUCGUUUGACAAAACUGCGAACCUCUGGUGUUCAAAAACUGGCCACUGUUUUCACAAAUUUUGGGGCCAUGACGCAGAAGUUGUUGCUGUUAAAUUUUCACCCAGUCAGUUGAGAAUCGCCACUGGUUCUAUGGAUACUACUUCCAAAAUUUUUCAAAUUGACACAGGACAACAAGUCGGAACAUUGAAGGGCCAUUUUGGUGAAAUUAUUUCUUUACACUACAACAAUGAUGGUAAUCAGAUAAUUACUGGUUCAUUUGAUAACACUAUCAAUAUUUGGGACACCAGGAUAUUCAAAAAAAUUACAACCCUGGUAGGUCAUAACGGGAAAAUAUCAAACUGCCUGUACAGUUUUGACUGCCGACUAAUAGCGUCAUCCUCACUAGACAAUACUGCUAAAGUCUGGGACGUAAGAAUGUGUUCCUGUCUUGGAACUCUAACUGGUCAUGAAGAUGAGGUCCUCGAUUUGGCGCUAAAUAACCAGGCCAGUAAACUAGCAACCGCUAGUUGUGACGCUACAGCGCGACUUUGGGACAUAACUGGAGAUUUUCGGAAGGUUGUUGUGCUCGAAGGACACCGCGAAGAAGUUUCCAAGGUUUGUUUUAGCCCUAACGGCGGCAGUAUAUUGACUUGUUCGCUUGACAAAACAGCACGAUUAUGGUCAGCAGAAACUGGCCGGUGUAUGCAAAGUUUAGCUGGACACACAGAUGAAGUCUUCAGCUGUGCAUUCUCGUAUAAUGGUGACACGAUAGUCACCGCAAGUAAGGAUAAUACAUGCACCAUAUGGAGGUGA